UGGUUCGUCACCAAACUGUUUCUGUUUCUGGAAGUUGUUCUCAGAGAAUGUGUUGGUACCAUUCUUUAUUCAUGGCUUCUUUAUUCGUGUUCUUAGGCAAAAUUGUGAGUGAGCCCACUCCCUUGGCUGAGAAGCAACCCCACACAUGAAUGGUCUCAGGAUGCUUUACUGUUGGCAUGACACAGGACUGAUGGUAGCGCUCACCUUGUCUUCUCCGGACAAGCUUUUUUCUGGAUGUCCCAAACAAUCGGAAAGGGGAUUCAUCAGAGAGAAUGACUUUACCCCAGUCCUCAGCAGUCCAAUCCCUGUACCUUCUGCAGAAUAUCAGUCUGUCCCUGAUGUUUUUACUGGAGAGAAGUGGCUUCUUUGCUGCCCUUCUUGACACCAGGCCAUCCUCCAAAAAUCUUCACCUCACUGUGCGUGCAGAUGCACUCACACCUGCCUGCUGCCAUUCCUGAGCAAAAUCUGUACUGGUGGUGCCCCGAUCCCGCAGCUGAAUCAACUUUAGGAGACGGUCCUGGCGCUUGCUGGAAUUUGGGAGCCCUGAAGCCUUCAUUCACAACAAUUGAACCGCUCUCCUUGAAGCUCUUGAUGAUCCGAUAAAUGGUUGAUUUAGGUGCGAUCUUACUGGCAGCAAUAUCCUUGCCCGUAAAUCCCUUUUUUCGUGCAAAGCAAUGAUGACGGCACGUGUCUCCUUGCAGGUAACCAUGGUUGACAGAGGAAGAACAAUGAUUCCAAACAGAACCCUCCUUUUGAAGCUUCCAGUCUGUUAUUCGAGCUCAAUCAGCAUGACAGAGUGAUCUACAGCCUUAUCCUCAUCAACACUCGCACCUGUGUUAAUGAGAGAAUCACUGACAUGAUGUUAGCUGGUCCUUUUGCGGCAGGGCUGAAAUGCAGUGGAAAUGUUUUUUGGGGAUUCAGCUCAUUUGCAUGGCAAAGAGGGGCUUUGAAAAUCAUCUGAUCACUCUUCAUAACAUUCUGGAGUAUAUGCAAAUUGCCAACAUACAAACUGAGGCAGCAGACUUUGUGAAAAUUAAUAUUCAUUCUCAAAACUUUUGGCCAUGACUGUACAUCAUUCAUUUAAAAGGCCAAAAAUGGAUUUACCAAUUGCAGACUGUAGCUUUAAAAGAAACAUCAGGACUUCAGAAGUUCCACUCUACAGUUGUUAAAAUGAAGUAGAUGAGGUGAUCUGUCUCCCUGUUUUGUUCAGUGUCCAGAAGCCCAGAGCAGAGUCACCUACAACCAGCCUGCUAUCAAUGAAGAGUGAUCAGCCACCUGCUUUCAGCCAGGAACCAUUACCAGAUGACAAUAAGGAAGUGGAGAGUUUGGACAGUGAGGAUGUAUUAAAGAUCACACACAACCUUCUGGACAGAAGAAGUCAAACUCUGCUGACAGUCCAACAAGACGUUAAGGCUAAACUGAAACACAAGUAUCAACACAUAUCUGAAGGAAUUGGACACCAUGGAAACCAAAGUCUGUUCAAAGACAUCUACACAGAGCUCUACAUCACAGAGGGUGGAGGUGGAGGGCUCAAUAAUGAACAUGAGGUUAGACAGAUAGAGAUGGCAUCCAAGAAACAACCCACACAAGAGACACCAAUCAAAUGCAACGACAUCUUCAAGCCUUUACCUGGACAAGACAAACCAAUCAGAACUGUGCUGACAAAAGGAAUCGCAGGCAUUGGAAAAACAGUCUCUGUGCAGAAGGUCGUCCUUGACUGGGCAGAGGGAAAAGCAAAUCAGGACGUUCAUUUCAUGUUUCCUCUUCCUUUCCGUGAUCUUAACCUGAAAAAGGACCAAUACAGUCUGAUGCAACUUCUUUCCCACUACUUCUCAGAGCUGAAAGAGAUUGACAGCAUUGAAGAUGGUGAAACCAAAACUGUUUUCAUUUUUGAUGGUCUGGAUGAGUAUCGACUUCCUCUAGACUUCAAAAACAAUGAGACGUGCUGUGAUGUCACGAAGCCAACCUCAGUGGACGUGCUGCUGACAAACCUCAUCAAGGGGAAUUUGCUUCCCUCUGCUCUCCUCUGGAUAACCUCACGGCCUGCAGCAGCCAAUCAGAUCCCUCCUGAGUGUGUUGACCAGGUGACAGAGGUACGAGGGUUCAAUGAUGCACAGAAGGAGGAGUAUUUCAGGAAGAAUGUCACAGAUCAGAAUCUGGCCAAUGAAAUCAUCAAGCACAUGAAGACAUCAAGGAGCCUCCACAUCAUGUGCCACAUGCCAGUCUUCUGUUGGAUAUCAGCCACUGUCCUUGAGAUGAUACUGAAAGAGGCAGAGAAGGAUGAAGUCCCCAAAAAUCUGACCCAGAUGUACUCACACUUCAUGCUCAUCCAAAUCAUUGUGAAGAACAGGAAGUACAACAAAACCACAGAGACAAACCCAAAGGAACUGUCUCAGUCAGACAAAGAGAUGAUCCUGAAACUGGCCAAGCUGGCUUUCCAACAGCUGCAGAAGGGCAACCUGAUCUUCUAUGAGGAGGACCUGAGAGAGUGUGGCCUUGAUGUCACAGAGGCAUCAGAGUACUCAGCAUUGUGUACAGAGAUCUUUAAAGAAGAAUCUGGGCUGUACCAAGACAAGGUCUACAGCUUUGUGCAUCUUAGCAUUCAGGAGUUUCUAGCAGCAGUGCAUGCUUUAGAAUCAUGUCUGGACAAGAAAGAAAAUGUUUUCUUCCCCACUAGUGAUGAUGAAGAGGAGAAGGAUAUUGAAGAUGAUGAAGAGAAGGGGUCAAUCCAGUUGUCUGACUUACACAGGAGAGCAGUGGACCAGGCCUUGAAGAGUGAGAAUGGACACCUGGACCUGUUCCUCCGCUUCCUCCUGGGUCUCUCACUGGCGUCCAAUCAGAAUCUGUUACGAGGCCUUCUGACACAGACAGGAAGUACAACACAGACCAAUGAGAGAACAGUCAGGUACCUUUCAGACAAGAUCAACCAGGAAUCCUCACCAGAAAGGAUCAUCAACUUGUUCCACUGUCUGAAUGAACUUGGUUCCAACUCUCUAGUUGAAGACAUGCAGACCUCCCUGCAUUCAGGAACUCUUUCAGAAACAAGACUAAAACCUGACCAAUGUUCAGCCCUGGCCUACCUGUUACUGAUGUCAGAGGAGGUGCUGGAGGAGUUUGACCUGAAGACAUGCAACACAUCAGAGAAAGGUUAUCAGAGGUUGCUGCCGGUGGUGAGAACCUGCAAGAGAGCACUACUGGAUCGCUGUAAACUCACAUAUAAAUCCUGUGAGACUCUGACCUCAGCUCUGCAGACACCAAACUCCCCCGUAAGAGAACUGGACCUCAGCUACAAUGACCUGGGAGACAGAGGAGUGGAGCUGCUCUGUGUUGGACUAACCAGUCCCCUCUGCAACAUACAGACACUAGUACUGGUUGACUGUAAAAUCACACAUGAAUCCUGUGAGAUUCUGACCUCAGCUCUGCAGACACCUCAGCUCUACAACUCCCCCCUGAGAGAACUGGACCUCAGCUACAAUGACCUGGGAGACAGAGGAGUGGAGCUGCUCUGUGUUGGACUAACCAGUCCACUCUGCAACAUACAGACACUAGUACUGGUUGACUGUAAAAUCACAUAUGAAUCCUGUGAGACUCUGGCCUCAGCUCUGCAGACACCAAACUCUCCCCUGAGAGAACUGGACCUCAGCUACAAUGACCUGGGAGACAGAGGAGUGGAGCUGCUCUGUGUUGGACUAACCAGUCCACUCUGCAACAUACAGACACUAGUACUGGCUGAAUGUUACCUCACAUAUGAAUCCUGUGAGACUCUGGCCUCAGCUCUGCAGACACCAAACUCUCCCCUGAGAGAACUGGACCUCAGCUACAAUGACCUGGGAGACAGAGGAGUGGAGCUGCUCUGUGUUGGACUAACCAGUCCACUCUGCAACAUACAGACACUAGUUCUUGGUCAGUGUGGUCUGACAGAGGGUUGCUGUUCAGAUCUGGCCUCAGUCCUGAGUUUACCCAACUCACAACUGAAUCAACUGGAGCUGAGAGACAAUGACCUGCAGGACUCAGGAGUUACACUGCUGUCUGCUGGACUGGAGGAUCCAGACUGUAAACUACACACACUGGGGCUGUCUGGCUGUCUGGUCACAGAGGAGGGCUGUGCUGCUCUGUCUUCAGCUCUGAGGUCAAACCCCUCCCACCUGAAUGAGCUGGACCUGAGCUACAAUCACCCAGGAGACUCUGCAGGGGGACUGCUUUCAGCUGCUCUGGUGGAUCCCACAUAUAAACUGAUGAAGCUGAAUGUGGAUCAUGGUGGAGAGUGCAGGCUGAAAUCAGGGCCGAGGAAAUACAGACCUCCCCCUCCGCCUCGUGUCACUGGAGGCCAGCCGGCUUAUACCGUCCAUCGGAUACUGGAUUCCCGCCGGGUGCAGAGGUCCUGGCAGUAUCUGGUGGACUGGGAAGGCUACGGUCCCGAGGAGCGCUCCUGGGUUCCUGCCAAAGACAUACUGGACCCUGACCUCAUUCGUCAGUUCAGGGCCCUCCACCCCGAGAGAGCUGAUGCCUGUCAUCUCACCCUGGACCCAAAUACAGCAAACCCACACCUGAUACUGUCUGAGGGGAACAAGAAGUUGAAACGGGUGGUGGAGGACCAGCAUUAUGAAGACCAUCCAGACAGAUUUGACUUUCAUCCCCAAGUUCUCUGCAGAGAAGGCUUAUCUGGAGGUCGCUAUUACUGGGAGGUGGAGAGGGAUGGUGACGGGGCUUUCAUUGGUGUGCUGUACAAAGGAAUGAAGAGGAAGGGAGGGGAGAGUGACAGUAGGAUUGGACACAAUAAGGAGUCCUGGUGUUUAGUCUGCUAUGAUAGGGCUUAUAACUUUUACCAUAAUGGAGUCAUCAGAUACAGUCGACCAAAUACUUGUCCUGUUUCUAAGAGAGUUGGAGUGUAUCUGGACUGGCCAGCUGGUACGUUGUCCUUCUAUAGUGUGUCCUCCUCUGGUACAGUGACACACUUCUACACAGAACACACCACAUUCACUGAACCCCUCUAUCCUGGGUUUAUAAUGUACUCCUCCUCCUCAUUGACCCUGUGUCCGAUAGAUGACCAACACAUUCAGAGAGACCAUGGUGGAGAGAGUUUUAUCAAGCCUGGACCUGAGGACACCAGAGACCAUGGUGGAGAGAGUUGUAUCGAGCCUGGACCUGAGAACACCAGAGACCAUGGUGGAGAGAGUUGGAUCAAGCCUGGACCUGAGGACCCCAGAGACCAUGGUGGAGAGAGUUGUAUCAAGCCUGGACCUGAGGACACCAGAGACCAUGGUGGAGAGUGUUGGAUCAAGCCUGGACCUGAGGACACCAGAGACCAUGGUGGAGAGAGUUGGAUCAAGCCUGGACCUGAGGACCCCAGAGACCAUGGUGGAGAGAGUUGUAUCAAGCCUGGACCUGAGGACACCAGAGACCAUGGUGGAGAGUGUUGGAUCAAGCCUGGACCUGAGGACACCAGAGACCAUGGUGGAGAGAGUUGUAUCAAGCCUGGACCUGAGGACACCAGAGACCAUGGUGGAGAGAGUUGUAUCAAGCCUGGACCUGAGGACACCAGAGACCAUGGUGGAGAGUGUUGGAUCAAGCCUGGACCUGAGGACACCAGAGACCAUGGUGGAGAGAGUUGGACCAAGUUUGGACCUGAGGACACCAGAGACCAUGGUGGAGAGAGUUGGACCAAGUUUGGACCUGAGGACACCAGAGACCAUGGUGGAGAGAGUUGUAUCAAGCCUGGACCUGAGGACACCAGAGACCAUGGUGGAGAGUGUUGGAUCAAGCCUGGACCUGAGGACACCAGAGACCAUGGUGGAGAGAGUUGGACCAAGUUUGGAUCUGAGAAAUGGAUUCCACAGAGCUGUAAGACCUGUGACCAUGUUGAGGACUCCACACACUGGCUUCAGAUUGAACCCUUGACUUCCACUGUCCAGGGAGUGACAAUGUUCAGGCACAGGACACCCAGAGGGAGUUAUGAGUGUACAGUGUCUGGGCUCCGCUGGCUGUGUGAGAGAGAUGUCAUUCUGAAGUAUCACUUCAGGAACUGGGAACCCUACAGUCAACUUCUGAAAGACAUGCAGUACACACAAGGUGGUCCAUUGCUGGACAUCACUAUGGAGUUAGGUGAACUGGAGGAAGUUCAUCUGCCACACUGUGUCUGUUUAGGGACCAACCCUUCCCUGAGGAAUGAGAUGAAGAUUCUUCAUGUAGAGGAACAUGGAGUGUCUUUAGAGGAAGUGCAUGAGGUCACCAGAUUCCAUGCUAAGAUUCUCCAUCCCAAGUUCUCACCUAUCUCUCUGAUACUGAGAUUACUGUCUAGGAACGUAGAUGUCCACUGUGAGCUGUUGCUCUAUCUGACAGUGAUGAAGGAAACACUAAUUCCACGCCUGUACCUGUUCCCCAGUAACCCCGGCCAGAUACAGGCUGUGGAACAACAGGAAAUAAAGUUUCAAGGGUCUAAAAGGAUUCCCAUCACAAGACCAGAGCGGUCCUUCAAACUGAAGAGUUCCUUCAGACUGAACAUUCCCUGUUCUACCUCCAUCAAUCCACCGAGGAUUCAUCUCAUACAUAGAGACACCACACCAAGCUUUUUCAAGGCGGUUGUGAAAAUGACAGGGAUUGACAUUGAGAUGGAAUUAUUCGGUGAUGAUGAGAGGACAGUAUGGACAGAAAUAGUAUCACGAGAUGAAUACUAUCAGAACCAAGCAUUAACACUCUCUGGGAUUCCUGCUGAGGAGUUUCUGAAGAAACACAGGGCUGAACUCAUUCAGGGAGUCAAAAACACAAUGCCAAUAGCAGACGAUCUGUCGUCAAAGAGCAUGAUUGGUGAUGAAGAGUACUCCAGAAUAAAAGCUGAAACAACUGAACAGGAGCGAAUGAGAGAACUACUGAACGCAGUCCUCCCUAAAGGACCAGAAGUGAUGGGAGCUUGUCUCAAAGCUCUCAGUGAACAUGAACACCAUCUUGUUAAGUACUUGAGUGAAUCGAGCACCUAAUCUGAAGAUGCUGAGGCCUGUCUCCUAGUCUGUGGACAAAGACACUUCUCCACCUAAUCUGAAGAUGCUGAGGCCUGUCUCCUAGUCUGUGGACAAAGACACUUCUCCACUUAAUCUGAAGAUACUAAGGCCUGUCUCCUAGUCUGUGGACAAAGACACUUCUCCACCUAAUCUGAAGAUGCUGAGGCCUGUCUUCUAGUCUGUGGACAAAGACACUUCUCCACCUAAUCUGAAGAUACUGAGGCCUGUCCCCUAGUCUGUGGACAAAGACACUUCUCCACCUAAUCUGAAGAUGCUGAGGCCUGUCCCCUAGUCUGUGGACAAAGACACUUAAAUGAUUGUAAUGCAAAUGUUUAUGUUUGUGCUAUUAUUUUAAGAAAUGUCUGUGUUUUAUUCAUGUGCUGUUCUAUAAACCAAUUUGUGUGUUCAUCAAGUGGCUGACUGUACAAAUCCUCACUAACAGUAGAUGUAAUUUGUGUAUAUAUAUAUAUGCUAAAUCAUGCAAAUAUAACUUGUCUCUGUAUAGCUGUAUAUAAGUCAACUGUUGGGUCUGACCAGGGAGAGCUCCUGAUUGACAUGUGUACCAUGGUUCAUUGAGUUGGGUCUGACCAGGGAGAGCUCCUGAUUGACAUGUGUACUAUGGUUCAUUGAGUUGGGUCUGACCAGGCAUAGCCCCUGAUUGACAUGUGUACUGUGGUUCAUUGAGUUGGGUCUGACCAGGCAUAGCCCCUGAUUGACAUGUGUACUGUGGUUCAUUGAGUUGGGUGUGACCAGGUAUAGUCCGAUUGUAAAUGUUAUUUGAAAAUCACAUAUGAGAUGCAGCAAUAUUUGGUGAAUAUUUGGUGUGCAUUUUGUUGUAGAGAAUUCCCGCUAAUACUAGCUAGCAACUUACUGUGUCUGGUGGGGGGGUUCGUAUAUUUUGUACAGUGUGUGAGUGCAGAGUUGGAUGGUGAGACCUGCAUUGACGUGCAAUUUUUGUGCCGUUCCUAUCAGAAUACAUCUCCAUGACUGGUGCUACAA